UGCCGUCCGCCUGUGGCUCAGUGACCCUGCAGGCAGCCUCACGCGUGGCCGCGCGCGCAACGCUGGGACGGUUCAACGCUUCGGUGUGUUAGAAGGAGUAAACCCAGUGAUACAGCAGUAGACUGACAUUGCUCGUGAUGGUGAUGCCGGUGAUGGAGUGACCGGUUAUGGAGUGACCGGUGAUGGUGUGACGGUGAUGGUGUGACGGUGAUGGUGUGGCCGGGGAUGGAGUGACCGUGCGCGCCUGCGGAGGCUUCACCCGCGUGCGAUGGGACAGACGCGAGGCAGCUGCCGCACGGGUGUUCGGUUCGGGGCAGCUCCGAGCGUUACAACAACAAACGAUGCGACAACACAAUAGAAGUGCAAAGUAAAGAGUAAGACGACGCUCGCUGGUAACCUGCCGUUUUCCCUGCGGUCGCGCAAACGCGCUCAACGCACUUCACAAAACCGGCGACUGCUCGCCGCCGCGACCACGCGGCGGGACCAUGGCCCAGCCUGGCAGCCUCCUCCUGCUGCUGCUGCCGCUGCUUCUGGCCACGUGCCUUGGCCUCGCGGCCGCUCUGCUGCCCGGUGCAGGAGACACGAGCCCCAGACACGUGAGCCCUGGAGGCCCGGGCCCCAGAGACACGGGCCCAGGAGACACGGGUCCAAGAGACUUGAGCUUAGGAUACGCAAGCCGCAGAUACUCAAGCCGCAGAUACGCGAGCCCCGGAGACACGACGAGCCCGGGAGAUGCGAACUUAGGGUCCGCGAGUUCUCGGCACACGAGUGUCGGGGACGCGAGUCCAGGAGACGCGAGCCCAGGGACCACCACGGCACUGGCUCCCACCGACGCCGCGUCCCACGCCUGGCAUCCCGUGAGCUUGGGCUCAACUGCCGCCCGGAUGCUGCUGCUGGCCAUGUUUCGGGCUCACGGCCGCGCGGCCGUUUCUUCCUCCGGGGACGGACCGCUGCCAGACGGCGCCGAUGAAUCACCGGCUCCGACGUCGAGGUCAACAGCGGCGGCGGCCAUGGCAUUGUCCAUGUUGCGGUCGUUGAUAUCUCAUCGGCACCCCGCUCGCAACGGAACGCUCGCUUCCGGAGGUCCGGCGAUCAGCUGGGGCCCCCUGGACGCGAGCAAGGAGGAUGCUGCGCUCGCCUCCAUGCAGACGGAGCGAGACGUCGACCUGGCCUUGCCCGGCGAUGCCGAGGGUCCGACGUCGAUCGUGACGCACGGGGACGAGAGGUCGGAGGAGAGGUCGGAGGAGAGGUCGGAGGAGAGGUCGGAGGAGAGGUCGGAGGAGGAUGAGGACAAGUCAUCGUUCGUGGCGUCGCUGGUGGACGAGGGUUUGCUGCCGGCCACGUUUGACGGCAUCGCGCCAGCCUCGGCGUCCGUGAGCGAGGGUGGAGAGGAGCCGUCUGUUUCGCCGCGGGGCCGAUGGGAGGAAUCUCCGGCUGCGGGGUGGUCCUCCUCGACCAGUCACGCAACGAAACGAUGGCAGGGAGGAGGGUGGACUUUCACAUCGGCCAGCUGGGCCUCCUCCGCUACGCGGGGCUCCAACGUGGCGAGAGAGACCCCGAGCGAGGAGACCCCGACACGCGCGGCCGCCGUGCCGACCGCGGCGCGAGAAGAAGGCGAUGCGUUUGGCACGAGUCGAACGCCGACGACCCGUUCUGUCGGUGCGCGCGGAAUCACCCUCAGCAGCAGCGCAGGCAUCGUGACAACAACGACAACAACAGCAGCAGCAGCAGCUCCGACCUCAACACAGUUCACGAACCCCACCGCAAAGACGAGCGCCACCAGAUUGUGGGACUUUCCGCCGACAUCGCACGCGACGGCGGCGCAGGGUGCGGUGCAAGACGGAGACGACUUUGAGAGGAGCAGCGUCGGCAGCGAGGUGUUGCUCACCAGCAUCGAGCCACCUCCGAGCGAUUCGUCUCAGACGACGGCCCCGACGGGCCCAUCCCGCGGCGGCGGUGGCGGCGACUCCGCCUUCACCUCGACGGCGGCGGCAGCGGCGGCGGCAAAUUCACCGGGCCGCUCGGAAAUUCCACGUGCGUCAGCGUCCCCCGCUCCGGCGAUCUCCCCGGGGACGGACAGCUGGGCGAGGCGCGUGCCCAGCAGCUCGCCCGCCCAAGCGUCCUCCGGCUUCGCGCUACUUGGCGGCGGCAGCACGGAGGCCCCCGGGGGACGAGGGCGGCCGCCGUGGCAGAUGGCAUCGUCGUCGUCGUCGUCGCCCGCCGCCGCCACGUCUCCUGAUUUCCCCGGGGGGUCCGGGACCUCCUCUCGCUCCGUCGCUCGGACGUCGGCGGGCAGCAUCAUUUGGAGCGACCGACACGAUGGCGGCGGCGGCGACGAUGAUGACGAUGGACGUUUAAACUCGCCCUCCAUCACCACGGCCGUCGCCUGGCCGCAGGGCCACGGUGAGCGUGAAUCUCUCCUCGGCAGCACCGAGAGCCCUCGCUCCACCGCCGCCGCCUCCACGGCCGCUCCUGCCGCCGUCGCCACGGCGAUGCCGGGGAUGUCCGUUGGCAGCGGUGGCACUAACGGGGCAGGCGGAGGCGGCGGAGAGGGUGCGGAGGCCACGCCGUGGUCGGCUUGGGGUCGGGAGGUCAUGGUGGAUGCUGGUGUGGGCGGGGAGCAGCGGGCGGCCGAGAGGGACACGUGGGGCUGGACCCAGCACACCCGGCAUGACCCAGGUGAGCUGAUAUCAUCGCCCCCAUCCCACACGACGGACGCACGGACGCUCCCUCCCACGGGCAACGCGAGCGCGACCUCCGACCCCACCACCACCGCCGCCACCACAAGGGGACGGCCGCCGUGGCAUCUCCGCCCGCGGGUGGCCCCGCUCUUCCCCGUGCCGGGAGCGGCCGGUUCGGCGUGGGCGUGCGGAGGCCCCGCCGGCGUCGGCUCCAGCCUGGCGUACGGCCUGGGCGCCUGCUUCGCGCUGCUCGCGCUGCUCUCCCUGGCGGCGCUCGCCCUCUCCCCGGGCGCCCGACACUUCCCGGCGGCGCGCGUCCACUUCGCCGUGUCGAGCGGCGCGGCCCUGCUGCUGUCCUCGCUCAGGGCCGCGUCGCUACUCUGGCUUCAGAGCGAGCGAUCGCCGUCGCCGUCGUCGUCGUCGCCGCCGCCGUCGUCGUCGCCGCCGCCGCUGCUCCCGCUGCUGCUGCUGCACGACGCGGCGCUGCCGUGCCCCGGCUCGGCGCUCGCCGCGCUCUUCCUGGCGACGCUGGUGGCAUCCCGCACGCGAGUGCCCCUGCUGCGCGGGACGCCCGGGCCCCUGGCGCUGCUCGUCGCGGUGCUCGCUCACUUCGCCCUCUCGCUGGCCGCCGCCGCCGCCGCCACGGGGCUCACGGAUGCGGCGACGGCGGCGGGGCCGACCGCGGCGGCGACGCCGCCGCCGCGCUUCGAGAGGCGCGGCGAGCCGCCCGCGCCGUCGGCGGAGAUCGGCGGCGGCCUCGGGCCGUCCCUGCUCAUGGUCAGCCGGGCGCUCUCGGCCGCGUGGGGCCUGGCGCUGUCGCUCGCGUACGUCGCAGCCUUCCCCGGCCUCCGGCGUGCCAUGCGCUGCCGGCGCAAGGAGCUGCGGGCCGCCAGCCUGUGCAAGACCAAGCUGUACGGCCUGGCGCUCCACGGCGGCCCCGCGGGCGGUGGCCUGCAGGCGUCCGGCGCCGUGGUGCUGCUCGUGGCCGCGGUGGCCGCGCCCUACUUCUGCCUCUGCUUCUACGCCGCCAUCAGCUCACAGGGGCUCGCUCGCUGGGCCGGCGACGACGAGGAGGAGGGCGACGAGGGUUUGGCGAUGGCGCGGCGUAACGCUCUCCUCAUUUGCCUGCGGCUGGGCGAGCUCGCGCUCUGCCUUGCCGCUAGCGGACUGGCGCUCUACCUCCGCCUGCUGCACGUGCGCUGGCGCGACGUGGCCCCGCGUCGCUUCUUGGACAGCGGCGUUCGCUUGCCUCCCUCGGCGCCGCGGCACCAGCAACACGAGGCGUCUCGCAACGGCGGCGUCGUCGGCAACGGCGGCCUCCUCCAGGUCCACCCGGAGCUGCUGGACAUGAUCGACCUCAAGGGCAGCAUCUCCAGCAGCUGCCGCUCGAUGGAGCGCAGAGACAAUGGCGGCGGCUGCCUCCAGGACAACGCGUCGGUGUCCGAGUCCUUCAUCUGCGUGCGGAUUUCAGAAGGCGGCGGCGACGGCGUUGGCGAUGAGCAGAGCGGCGCCGGGGGUGGCAGACAGCGGUCGGUCAACAGCAGGCACCCUGCCCACGUGGGGGUGGUGGGCAACGGGCACGGCGGGCGGGGAAAGACGGGCGGCAAGGCGGAGGUGCGGAGGCGGGAGGUGCAACGCGACGGGGAGUCGUGCGCGGGAGACGACCCCGACUUCCCCAUGCACCUGUCGUGGAGCGAGACGCUGCCCAGCUGCUCGCGGCUCAGGCAGGCCGAGGCGUCGUAUCUGCCCGGCGCUUGCAGCAGCGACGACUCGUCGCUCAUGCUGCUGGGAUCCAGUAGCCCGGACUCGAGCAGCGAGAGGAAGCGGCAGGGCAACAGCAUCCCCAUGUGA